GAAUGGCAAAGUGUGAACUGAACAACGUUGGAUCAAUCGUUCUCGACCACCGCCACCCUGCCAAGAAUGAAACCGCCGGCGGCGGCCACUUCCGUCUCUGGAAUUCCCGCUCCGUCUCUUCGUUUCGCCGCAUAAUUAUCGACGCCGUAAGCUGCGGCGGCACUUCUCGGCACCGGUGUCACCAGCGCCACAACAACGACGAUGUCGUUAGCUCCGCCCCCUCGACGGCGAGCUUGUCCUCCGGGGAGAAGCAGCCAGUGCAAGAGGAGAGGUCGGAGAAGCUAUCGGAUCUUCUGAACGCAACGGAGUGUGAAACGGAGGGGGAAGCGAAGAAGAAGGAAGAGGCAUUGACGGAGAUGAAGCGAGUGGUGAAGGAGUUGCUGGGAGAGGACUUUUUGAAGCAGCGAAUGGCAGCGGCGAGCGUGAGGCUACUGACGAAGGAAGGCUCGGAAGCGAGAGGGACAUUCGCAAUGCUUGGAGCAAUUCCACCACUCGUUGGAAUGCUUGAUUUGGAAGACGUUCACUCUCAGAUCGCAUCGCUCUAUGCGUUACUCAAUCUCGGGAUCGGAAACGAUGCGAAUAAAGCAGCUAUUGUCAAAGUUGGUGCUGUUCACAAGAUGCUCAAGCUCAUUGAAUCGCCGGAUGUUGCAGAUUCAUCGGUAUCUGAAGCAAUUGUUGCCAACUUCCUUGGAUUGAGUGCUUUGGAUUCGAAUAAACCUAUAAUUGGAUCCUCGGGUGCAAUACCAUUCCUAGUUAGAACCCUUCAAAAUUUAUAUGAUAAUAAAAGUAGCUCCCAAGUCAAACAAGAUGCUCUCCGAGCGCUGUAUAAUCUUUCAAUCUUUCAGACCAACAUUUCAUUCGUUUUGGAAACUGAGUUGGUCUCAUUUCUGAUAAAAGCAAUAGGAGACAUGGAAGCAAGUGAAAGAAUCCUCUCAAUUCUAAGCAAUUUGGUGUCAACUCCAGAGGGAAGAAAAGCUAUCAGUGGUGUGAGGGAUGCAAUCCCAAUUCUGGUGGAUGUAUUGAAUUGGACAGAUUCCCCGGAAUGCCAAGAGAAGGCAUCAUACAUUUUGAUGAUUAUGGCACACAAAGCCUAUGGUGACAAGCAAGCCAUGAUUGAGGCAGGGAUUGUGUCGUCACUACUUGAGUUGACGCUUCUUGGUACUACUUUGGCACAGAAGAGGGCCUCAAGGAUAUUGGAAUGUUUGAGGAUAGACAAAGGGAAGCAGGUUUCGGGGAGAUAUGGUAAAAACUUAGGUGCAACUGUCUCUGCACCUAUUUGUGGUUCUUCAUCAUCCUUUACAAAGACAGAUGGAGGAGGCAAAGAGUAUUUGGAGGAAGAGGAAGAUAUGAUGAGUGAGGAAAAGAAAGCAGUGAAGCAAUUAGUCCAGCAGAGUUUGCAGAACAACAUGAUGAAAAUUGUGAAGAGGGCAAACUUUCGUCAAGAAUUUGUUCCAUCCGAGCAUUUUACUUCACUGACUUCAAGUUCGACUUCAAAGAGCCUUCCAUUUUAAAGAAUUACAGCUGCUGAAGAGAGGAGUCACGAAUGAACCAUGAAGUUUGCCUUCACAUCAUCAUUUCAUUGAGUUUUUGGUCUUGUAGCUAUUUG